UGGAGCAAUGUCGGUUCCGUUGAAAGGUGCCUUUCGGCGUGUUUCGAACCUCGCCCUGAGCUACGACCCAGCGCUGCUGAGCUCAACCAUCUGCUUGAGCGGGUGCAGCGAGGGGAAACACUGACCAGCUUACCAAUUGGGGAGCUGAGGAUUAGCGGGUCGAUGAGUACUACCGGUGGAAGGGUAGCGUUCCAAUCCCCUUUCAUUACGCGUCAGAACAGAGCGGCGUGGCCUCGCACGCCGGACCCAUCCACUACUGCCAACCCCACUAUCAGCACCAUCAGUCCCAGCGGGUCAGCCCCGCGUUCACUCGCAGAGCAGCCGCCUAUUUUCACAACGAUCCUGACUUCGUUGGUAUUGCAACCGAAAUGUCCGUUGCCGGUCAGAUAGGCAACUUUGUGAAUUAUCUGGCUAGAAACGGAGGUGAGUUGUACCCAACAUGAUGAUACGGUUAUUUGUCCUCAAACCUUGGUGAGAGAAGUUCGAGAGGAAAGGCAGGGACGAAAACGGAAAAGGUCACCUCUGUUGGAUGCUGGAGGCCCAGUGUUAUCACGGAAAAGAAGAUGACGAUUAUUGUGCUUUGGUCUUUACCUGGACAUAAAGGGGGAG